UGCAGGGGCGGAGCUAACGGGUCGGAGCCGCCACAAAAGGAUCAGAGGCGGCCGCGCGCCCCUAAAAAAGAAGCGAGGCGGAGGACAGAGAAUCUUUGAAUCUUACCAACCAGAGCUAGCCCACCGAAACCGGGGUGGGGAUCCUGCCACCGAGAUACCAUCCCUGGGAUCAUGAUGAAGUUUCGGUUCCGACGGCCGGGCAACGACCCGCAGCGGGAGAAACUAAAACUGGAGCUUUUCGCCUUCAAUAAGACAGUGGAACAUGGAUUUCCAAACCAGCCAAGCUCCUUAGCCCAUGAUCCAAAGUUGCGGCUCAUGGCCAUUGCGACCAAAUCAGGAGCUGUGAAAAUCUAUGGAGCCCCAGGUGUGGAGUUUACAGGGCUACACAGGGAAGCAGCCACUGUGACACAGAUGUACUUUUUACCAGGACAGGGUCGUUUGUUGAGUCUCCUGGAUGAUAAUUCUGUUCAUCUGUGGGAGAUUAACCAAAGGAACAGCUAUUCGUACCUGGAAGAGAUCUGCACUUUAACACUUCCUGGACGACUUGGAUUCGACUGUGCUAAUUCUCCCAACAUCACGAGAAUUACUGUGAUCAUGCUGAAGUCUUGCUGUAGCAUGGCAUUUUUGGGAUCAGAAGGUGGAGGUGUGUAUUUCCUGGAUUUAACAUCACUGCAGCUAAUGGAUGGCAAAACACUCUUUCAGGAUGAGGUUUUGCAGAGUCUUCCAGAUGACUACAAGUGUGGGAAAGCUCUGGGACCAGUUGAAUCACUCCAGGAACACCCAGCUGAUCCAGAUAAAAUCCUGAUUGGCUACAGCAGAGGCCUGGUGAUACUGUGGGGGCAGGCAACACGCUCCGUGGAGAAUCUGUUUCUAGGCAACCAGCAGCUCGAGAGCAUAAGCUGGGAGAGGAGCAGCAGGACAUUUGUUAGCUCUCACAGUGAUGGAGGCUACAUGGUGUGGCCAAUCGACGGUUCAAAGUGCAAGACCCAACCCCUCACCACUUCUGUACCUUACGGUCCAUUCCCUUGCAAAGCUAUCAACAAAAUACUUUGGAGAACAUCAGAAACUGGGAGCCCUUUUGUAAUCUUUAGUGGUGGGAUGCCAAGAGCCAGCUAUGGAGACAGGCAUUGUAUCACCAUAAUGCAGGGCAAGGUCCAAGUAACACUGGAUUUCACCUCACGAGUGAUAGACUUCUUCACUGUGCAUAACACUGACCCUGAACAAGAGUAUGACAACCCCACAGUCCUUAUAGUGCUGGUGGAGGAAGAAUUGGUGGCGGUGGACCUACACACUGCAGGUUGGCCUACUAUUACUCCACCUUAUCUGGCACCACUUCAUUCCUCUGCCAUCACAUGUUCCUAUCAUAUUUCCAAUAUCCCAGUCAAACUUUGGGAGAGACUCAUCUGUGCAGGGAAGCAGCAGAGCCCUCGGCACUCAACAGUGGAGUGGCCAAUUAAUGGUGGGAAGAAUCUAGCUCCAGAACCCCUCCAUAAUGAACUACUUUUAACUGGGCAUGAGGAUGGAACGGUACGGUUCUGGGAUGCAUCCAGUGUGUCAUUGAAAUCUCUUUACAAACUGACUACUGCAAGCAUUUUCCAGACAGAGGCAGACCACAAUGAAGGGUUUCCACAGCCUGGGGAGGAGGAGUGGCCUCCAUUCCGCAAGGUUGGCUGCUUUGACCCAUAUAGUGAUGAUCCCAGACUGGGAAUUCAGAAAAUUUGCCUGUGUAAAUACAGCAGUCAGCUGGUGAUUGCUGGAACAGCAGGACAGGUUCUAGUUAUGGAAUUUCAUGAUGAAAAGUCUGAACAAAAGAUCAACCUCUCUUCAGUUGACCUCCUUCAGGACCGCGAGGGUUUCACGUGGAAAGGUCACGACCGGUUGAUCCCGAAAAGUGGCCUUGUCAGUUUUGCACCUGGCUUCCAGCCAAACUUUCUGGUUCAGUGUAUUCCACCAGCUGCUGUGACAGCAGUGACUCUGCACACUGAAUGGCAGCUUGUGGCAUUUGGCACCAGUCAUGGUUUUGGUGUCUUUGAUUACUACAGACAGCAGGCAGUAUUAGCCAGGUGCACACUGCAUCCAAAUGACUCUCUGGCAAUGGAGGGUCCACUCUCUCGGGUGAAAUCACUGAAAAAAUCAUUACGUCAGUCAUUCAGGAGGAUACGAAAAAGCAGAGUCUCUGGGAAGAAACGGCUGACUCCGAGCAGCCCUGCCAGCAAGGUCCAGGAAGCAAAUGCCCAACUUGCUGAGCAGGAUGGUCCACGUGAGGUGGAGGUGACUCCAGUACAGAGACGGAUAGAGCCACGGUCUGCUGAUGAUUCUUUGUCAGGUGUUGUCCGCUGCCUAUACUUUGCUGACACCUUUUUACGAGAUGCCACACACCAUGGUCCUACAAUGUGGGCAGGAACUAAUGCUGGGUCAGUUUAUGCUUAUGCACUGGAGGUUCCAUCCAGAGAGAAGUGGAUGGAAAAAUCUGCAGAGGCAGUAUUGGGUAAAGAAAUUCAGCUGAUGCACCGAGCCCCUGUGGUAUCAAUUGCAGUAUUGGAUGGACGAGGAAACCCUCUCCCUGAACCAUUUGAAGUCUCUCGUGAUCUCGCUAAAGCUCCAGAAAUGCAAGGCACUCAUUCUGUGCUAAUUAUUUCUGAAGAACAGUUCAAGGUGUUCAUGCUGCCAAGAGUGACCGCUAAGACAAAGUUCAAACUCACUGCCCAUGAAGGUUCCAGAGUGCGAAAAUUGGGGUUAGUGAGUUUCCCAAGUGUGGCCUCAGAUGACUAUUCGGAGAACUGCCUGGUGUGUUUAACGAAUCUGGGAGACAUUCACAUCUUCACAAUUCCUGGGCUGAGACCGCAGAUGCGCUAUGAUUGCAUAAGGAAAGAAGACAUCAGUGGCGUUGCUUCAUGUGUUUUCACAAAGACAGGCCAGGGCUUUUACUUGAUAUCUCCAUCCGAGUUUGAACGAUUCUCCCUAUCUGCCAGGAACAUAACUGAGCCACAUUGUGUGGUGGGAUGGGAAAGCUCAAGAGAUCACUUGAGCCCAAUCACCAGUCUACGCAAUAACUUGCAAGGAUCUCCUAAAAUGAGCCAAGCGAAUGGAACUCACAAGCCUCGGAACAAAGAGGAAUGCAACUCAUUGGGAGCAGCUGAUGGUAUGCUUGAGGAUUUGCAACUCCCAUUGUCCCAGACUCCCCUUGACUCUCCCAACAGUAGUGCUGAUAUCACCCUGGAUACAACUGGUGACCUAACAGUGGAGGAUGUCAAAGAUUAUUUACCGGAAUAUCAGAAUUUGUGAACUGAAGACACCUUGUGACUUUGCGGUUGGCUUUACAGAAGAGGAAUUGUACCAGCAUUAACAGCCUAAGCUUCAUACUGGGGUCAUGGCUAUUGAUGUGGAUAAUACUUAGAAUUGUCACAUCAUCAGUGCCAAAAGACUGUUUUUGAGAAGAUCCUUGUCUGAAGCUAGAUACCAGCUGCUCCCUGCUUGCCUAUGCCAAUAAAAAAAAAACUUUUGCAACACUAAACAAGAUUAUAAAACUGACUACCUGAAGCGUACAAAUCACCUUUUGUACUGUUUUCAGUCUUUGCUGUUUGCAUGAAGGAGAAACAGAUCUGGGGAAUAUGUAAUCAUCUCAAGUUUGUGCUGUUGAUUUUUUUUUCUCCCCACAUUUUUUCCAGUUUGAGAACCAGUUUCAAACAAUUGCAUCAUUCUCAUUGUCUCCAGGCACUGAAUUGCAGUCAGCAACAGCAGAGGAUCUUUCACCUUCCAAGAGCUUUGUGACUCUGCUUUCUUUGUAGUUUUGUAUACUCGUCUCAAUGAAGUGGAAACAAUGGAGCCCUUCUGUAGUUCAGAGGGAGUUGAAUUCUCUUCAUUAAUCAUUUGGCUUUCAAAAAUCUUAUUUUUUACAGUUGUUUGUAGCUGAUUCUAGGGUUAUGAGAGCACAAAUGAAGAAGACCUGUGUUUGUGUCUCUGAAUUGCUGCGCCAUUUGAGGUCUAGUUCACAUUCCUAGUGGAAGGAAUUCAGUGUGCUGACCAGAUUCUGCUUGCCUCCUGUAGCCAGUUGGAUAAUGUGUGCUCUUGCAAUUUGAAGAAGCCUAGUGAAUGUCUUGCUGUCUGAGCUACCUGGCCUUUGAUCAACAGAAAGUGAUAUUGCUCCAAUCAGAAAUUGAAAAAAGCACAAGUCUGCUCCAACUCUGUAAGCUUGUGGAUUCUGUUUUAAAUGCUUGAUAUGAGUUUGUAAAAUUGACCCUUUUAAGUCUGUCGUGUAAAUAACAGUGCACUUGCAUCUUUAACUCAAGCUUGGUGAUGUCACCUCACUGUAGUAUACAUACAUUCUGUAACUGAUUUUUGUAUUAAUUAUUUUUACAUUUUUAAUUAAUUGUGCAGUUUUUUCACGUUAAAUUCCAGCAACCAGCUUUCAUCCUUGUGACCACAUCUACCCCCACCCACCACCACCACCACCACCCCCGUGGC